GGGCGGACCGGUGUAUUUGAGACGCUGCCCCGCAGCCCGGUCCGGGACAGAACGACCUCAGCGGCCACACCCGGAGCGAGCGAGCGAGCGCCCAGGCGUGUGGAAAAUGGCAGACAGUUUUUCGCUUAAUGAUGCCCUUUCUGGGUCUGGGAACCCCAACCCUCAAGGAUGGCCUGGUCAAUGGGGAAACCAGCCUGCUGGGGCAGGGGGCUACCCAGGGGCUUCCUAUCCUGGGGCCUACCCCGGACAGGCACCUCCUGGCGGCACCUACCCCGGACAGGCACCUCCUGGCGGCGCCUACCCCGGACAGGCACCUCCUGGCGGCGCCUACCCCGGACAGGCACCUCCUGGCGGCGCCUACCCCGGACAGGCACCUCCUGGUGGCGCCUACCCUGGACAGGCACCUCCUGGCGGCGCCUACCCUGGUUUUACAGGACCUGCUUAUCCUGGACCAACUGCACCAGGAGCCUACCCUGGACAACCAAGUGGGCAUGGGGCAUACCCUGGUGCCGGCCCCACUGGUGUCCCUAUGGGACCACUGACUGUGCCAUAUGACCUGGCUUUCCCUGGAGGAGUCAUGCCUCGCAUGCUGAUAACAAUUCUGGGCACAGUGAAGCCCAAUGCAAACAGACUUGUUUUAGAUUUCAAGAGAGGGAAUGAUGUCGCCUUCCACUUUAAUCCACGCUUCAAUGAGAACAACAAGAGAGUCAUUGUUUGCAAUUCAAAGCUGAAUAGUAGCUGGGGACGGGAAGAAAGACAGUCGGUUUUCCCAUUUGAAAGUGGUAAACCAUUCAAAAUACAAGUGCUGGUGGAAUCUGACCACUUCAAGGUUGCAGUCAAUGAUGCUCACUUGUUGCAGUACAAUCAUCGCAUGACGCACCUCAAGGAAAUCAGUGCAAUGAAAAUUUCUGGUGACAUCGACCUCACCAGUGCUUCAUACACCAUGAUGUAAUCUUAAAGGGGCAGACCUUCUAAAAAUGAUAUUGAAUAUAAACAUUACCCAUUUAAAAGUUCCAUGUUUAGUACAAGUGAAAAAUUUGUACAAGGACCUUUAUUCAACAAAGUCCUUCAUGUAAUUCAUCCAUUCAAUAAAUAUUCUGUUACCUGUUUAUAUGUCA